AAAUUUGCCCUAUGUAGGAUUUGAAGAAAUAUUAAGGUCCGUAAACCCGUGUAACAUUAGGGAGGCAGGUUCCAUAUCGCUAAUAACAAACCGCGGUUAGCGAAUCAUGUGUUGGGGGGUACAUUACCUUGGGUUUACUUUUGACCAGGAAGCAGGAGGGGACAUUUGAACUGUUGAGCAGCAGGUUCCGGGUUCAAACCCAGGAUGCGGCAGCAGUGGAAUUGAAGCAGAGAGCAAGAUAUGGCAAAUCAACUGGAACAGCAAAUUCUCGAAGUAGGGAGGAAGCUGCAGCAUCCUCCCCACUCUAAAGAAGCUCUUAUCAAGAUUCUCAAGCAAGUUGCGAGUUAUUUGUCUGAGGUGGACCAGUCUCCUUCACAGACGAUGUUAAGGGCAUUGCGCCCAUCAAUGAAUUCUUUAGUUGCACCAGAGCUUUUGGGGCAUCGGGAUAAAGAUGUUACGCUUCUUGUGGCAACCUGUAUCAGUGAGAUUACAAGAAUCACAGCACCAGAGGCUCCAUAUAGUGAUGAUGUGUUGAAGGAUAUAUUUCGUUUGAUUGUCGGAACUUUUCGGGGAUUAGAUGAGACAACUAAUCCCUCAUUUGGAAGGAGGGUAAGCAUUUUAGAAACAGUUGCGAGAAUUAGGUCAUGUGUGGUGAUGCUGGACCUUGAAUGUGAUGGCCUUAUCAUUGAAAUGUUUCACAUCUUCUUCUCUGUUGUCAGUGAAGCUCAUCCAGAAAAUGUCUUAAAAUCAAUGCAAUCUAUUAUGACUCUUAUUUUGGAUGAGAGCGACACUAUUUCAGAGCAGUUACUAGCUAUUGUGUUAUCUUCCUUAGGAAGAGAAAAAGGGGACGUUUCACCUGCUGCCCGCAGGCUUGGUAUGCUUGUUUUGGAGCAAUGUGCAAUCACACUUGAGCCAUAUGUGUACCGUUUUAUUGAGUCAGCUAAAUCCGCCGAGGAAAAGUUGCAAGGUGUCCUGCAUUCACACUAUUAUGAUGUUAUCUAUGAUAUUUAUCAGUGUGCACCCCAGAUGCUGGAGAGGGUUAUUCCAAAUAUGAAACAAGAACUUCUGACAGAUCAAUUAGAUGUGAGGUUGAGUUCAGUGAAGCUGCUUGGUCGUCUUUUUGCAAUACCUGGUCACCCUCUGCCAGAAUUAUUUCAGCCACUUUUUGCAGAAUUUUUAAAGAGAUUUACAGAUAAGGAUGUCGAAGUUAGACUGUCAGUCGUUGAACAUGUGAAGGAAUGUCUUUUGUCAAAUCCAUUUAGGCAUGAGGCAGCUGACAUCAUAUCUGCACUUAAUGCACGACUAUUGGAUUAUGACGAGAAUGUGCGUAAGCAAGUUGUAGCAGCAAUUUGUGAUGUUGCCAAUUAUGCCCUCAAGUCUAUACCAGUGGAGAUAAUUAGGCAUGUAGCGGAACGACUACGUGACAAAGUGGUUUUUGUUCGGAUGUAUACUUUGGAAAGAUUAGCAGAGAUAUACAGAGUUUACUGCUCAAAGUUUUUGGAUGGUUCGAUUAGUGACUAUGAGUUUGAAUGGAUUCCACAGAAAAUCAUAAUGUGUUGUUACGACAAAGAUUUCCGGGCUCAAGCAAUCGAAUUGGUAUUUUCUGAAUCACUAUUUCCUUCUGAACUUCCAGUUGUAGAGAGGGUCAAGCAUUGGAUUAUGAUGUAUUCUAAAUUUGAAAAAUUUGAGGUAAAAGCACUUGAAGGAGUUCUGGCACAGAAACAAAGGUUACAACAAGAAAUGCAGAGCUAUUUGUUACUGCGGGAAAAAAUGAAGGAGUACAAUACAGUGGAAUUCGAAAAGAGAAUUUUGAGCUGUUUCAAAUCUAUGUCAUUGUCUUUUAAAGAUCCUCCAAAGGCAGAAGAAAGCUUUCAAAAGCUUAAUCAACUGAAGGACAACAAAAUUUGGAAGGCUUUAACAAGCUUACUUGACCCAAGCAAUUAUUUUCUUCAAGCUGAACAAAUUUAUAUUGACAUGCUUCAAAGGCUUGGUGAUAAACACCCACAAUAUGACUUUAUAAAAAUGCUUGGUGCUAAAUGUUCUUAUCGGCUUUUUAAUAAAGAGCAUGUGAAAGAAACACUGAAGGAGAUUACAGUAAAUAAGCUAGCUGGGAGAGAUGACUUGAUUAAGUCUGCCAUGAAUUUACUUGUGCUUUUUGCAGGGUUUUUCCCUUUCCUUCUUCAGGGGUCAGAAGAAGAUCUAAUCCAAUUACUUAAAGAGGACAAUGAGUGCAUUAAAGAAGGUGUUGUACAUAUUAUUGCAAAAGCUGGUGUCUUGAUUGGAGAACAAAUGACAGAUACAACUAGUUCUUUAGAUCUUUUGCUUGAAACACUCUGUGUAGAGGGUAGUCGCCAACAAGCAAAGUAUGCUGUGCAGGCUUUAGCUGCAAUAAUGGAGGAUGCUGGACUAAAGGCACUUUCUGUAUUAUACAAACGGCUGGUGGAUACGUUGGAAAGUGGUACACAUCUACCUUCAAUAUUGCAAUCUUUAGGUUGUAUCGCUCAGAAUGCGAUGCCAGUUUUUGAAACACGGGAGGAGGAUGUAGUUCAUUUUGUCCAUGACAAUCUUCUCCGACGCAACAGUAAUCCUUCUGAUGUUUUCAAGACUGAGUGGGAAGACAGAAGUGAAGAAUGUUUGUUAAAAAUAUAUGGUGUUAAAACUCUUGUAAAAAGUUACUUGCCUAAAAAGGAUUCUCACUUACGGCAAAGAAUAGAAACUCUCUUGGGGAUUCUUGCAAGAAUUCUUACGUCUGGGGAAAUAUCAAAGGAUGUGAAAUCAAGUGAAGUUGACAAAGCUCAUAUGAGGCUUGCUGCUGCAAAAGCUUUGUUGCGCUUGUCAAGGCAUUGGGACCAGCAGAUAACUCCUGAACUUUUUUAUUUGGGAUUACAAAUUUCACAGGAUCCUUAUCCUGAAGUAAGGAGAGAAUUUCUUGGGAAAGUGCAUCAGUAUCUCAAACAGCGGACACUUGAUCAGAAAUAUGCUUGUGCCUUUGUUUUUGGUAUAUCAGGAAUGGAUGAUGAUGAUGUUAUAGAGGUGAAGCAAUAUCUAUUUGAUUUUGUUGAGACAUAUCAUCAGGGUGUCCAAUUACGACAGACCUAUGCUCAUUCUGAUGGGAGUUUAUUAACAUCUUGUCCAGAAUAUGUUAUAGCUUAUUUAGUCCAUGCACUUGCACACCAUCCUAAAUUUCCUUCUAUUACUGGAGAUUUACGUGCAGAAGCAUUUGAAUCUUUAUAUCGGCAAUUGCACUUUUUUCUUUCAGCGUUCAUGCAUCGGGAUGGAGAUGGACACAAUGAUUCUGAGAGAAAAAGGGGACAAGAAAGCUUUUCUAUAAUCACGACAAUAUUUCAGACCAUCAAAUGUGCAGAAGAUGCAGUUGACAAGUCAAAAUCAGAAAAGCUGUAUGCUUUGUGUGAUCUUGGUCUCUCAAUUACAAAGGAGUUUAUACAGCAUACGGUGCCCUCUUUAGAGUUCAGAAUGUCUGUUUCACUCCCAGGUGUUCUGUAUAAACAACUUGAAGACAGCAAAGGCAUGGCUUUGAAGGCGAAUGUGACAGAUUGUACAACAAGCCGUUUUGGUUCAGGCUUUUUUGCACACUUCCAAGCUCCCAGCACACAUUGUAUGACUCAUUCAACUCCAGAUCAGACAUCGAAGGACGGUACUGAUCAAAAUGUCACUGAAGAAAGUGACAAGAAUGAUUUUGAAGAGCCUUUGAGAGUGAUGUUGCACAGCGGAAAUUUGCAAGGAAUUCGGAAAAAAAAAAGUUCUGGAGGUCGAAGAUAUACUAAUGUUGCUAAUUUGCUAAAAGUUUGUGGAAACAAGGAUUCUAUUGAUCUGCCUGAAACAGCUAAGGAUCAAGUAGAUAAACCGUUAGAGAAUCAAGAAACUAUCAAACUCUCAGUUCCAGUUUCAAAUGGCACUGAGGGUAGAAGAGAUUCUGCACCCAAUCAGUAUACUAUUGAUAAUAUAAUGAGAAUAAAUGCAGAAAAUAUGAUCUUACCUAAGAAGAAAAGAAGCCGACCUAGGAAGGACAGAGAAGAUGGUGCAGGAUCUGAGUCACAUCCACCUAAGCGAGGACACUGGAAAAGCUUAGGUAAAGGGGGUGAUUCUAAAGAAGAAAGAAAUCUUGUAGGUUUAACAACAGGAAGGGCUGAGAUGGUAUCAGCUACUUCUAAUGGAGCAGAAGAGAAGCACUUUGAGUCAGCGUCCAGUCAGAAAUCAGAACUAAGUAAGGAUUUCCUCCAGAAUGCAUCAGGACUAGGUAUCAGUAGAAACAGCUCACCAAAAUAUUUGCAGGAAAGCUUACCUCAAACUCAGAAGGAUUUUAGAUAUACUGAUACACCAGAAGCAAAUCAACAUGUACAGUUGCCUAAAAGGAAGCCAGUUGCUAGGGUGGAAUUUGAUUCUAAGUUUCCAUGUGAGAGCCUGAAGAGUAGGGUAACACACAGAAAGCCACGGAAGAAGAAAAGCAUUUCAGGAUUGCAGAAGAGUACCGAGAAACUGAAGAAAGAGAAGUUUGAUUAUGAGAAGUUGGCUGGACAUAGGAUUAAGGUCUGGUGGCCUCUUGAUAAGCAGUUUUAUGAGGGAAUUGUGCAAUCAUAUGACUCAAUACAAAAGAAGCAUACAGUUUUAUAUGAUGAUGGAGAUGUCGAGGUACUUAGACUUCAAAAGGAGCGGUGGGAGCUGACUGAUAAUGAUUUGUCGCUUGAAAGGCCGGCAUUGGUAUCUCCAAAAAGUUCAAAAAAUGUUGAAGCCAUGCCAGUGAAAGAAAGAACGCAAAUGGGCGCUUUAGAAGGAAAAAAGGCAGUAUCUUCUAAUAAAAGCAGAGGUUCUGUUUCUAAAUCUACAAAGAAAGGUACAUUCAAAUCUCAUUAUAAGUCUAACGACAAUGGUGUAUCUCCUAAAAGCAUGGAGCUUGAUACAUCUAGAGUAAAGGUUGGAGAUCCCUUUUUGUCUAUGGAUGAAAAAAGUCAACCUUCUGGUGGCAAAAGGGGAAAAAGAAAGUCAGAGCUUGAUACGUCUAGAGUAAAGGUUGGAAAUCCCUUUUUGUCUAUGGAUGAAAAAACUCAACCUUCUGGUGGCAAAAGGGGAAAAAGAAAGUCAGAGCUUGAUACGUCUAGAGUAAAGGUUGGAAAUCCCUUUUUGUCUAUGGAUGAAAAAAGUCAACCAUCUGGUGGCAAAAGGAGAAAAAGAAAGUCAGAGCUUGAUACAACUAGAGUAAAGGUUGGAGAUCCGUUUUUGUCUAUGGAUGAAAAAAGUCAACCUUCUGUUGGCAAAAGGGGAAAAAGAAAGUCAGAGCUUGAUACAUCUAGAGUAAAGGUUGGAGAUCCCUUUUUGUCUAUGGAUGAGAAAAGUCAACUAUCUGGUGGCAAAAGGGGAAAAAGAAAGUCAGAGCUUGAUACAUCUAGAGUAAAGGUUGGAGAUCCCUUUUUGUCUAUGGAUGAGAAAAGUCAACUAUCUGGUGGCAAAAGGGGAAAAAGAAAGUCAGGUUCUAAAGGUAGAAAGGGUGGUAGCUUUGCCAUAUCGACCAAUAUAACUAGUGGAACUAGCAAGGACCCUAAACAAACAAGUACUACAGUAGAUACCAAAAAUGGUGGUGUGCCUGAUUCUGGAAGCAGGGAUUCUGAUGAUGAGCCACUGAAUUCAUGGUGGUCUCGUAUACGCAAGAUUCAUUGAAUUGUAUGGGUAAAAAUGUUUCACUAAUUCAAUGAUGGCAGUGAACAAAGAGUGCCUGCCAUUUGUUUGAGGUGUUUUAGAUUAUCAUAAUGUACAAGUUAAUCAGGGUUAGGGUGUCUGCCUAUGUAUGGUGGAAUUGUAAUUUUAUAGCCUGCUGGCAUUUGACUUAAUAAAAGUCAAUGAACUUGGAUGGUUAAUGUUAAACAGAAGUUCUUGUUGAGGUCAUGAUGGUUUCAGGGCUUCCCAUUGCUCGAGCAUUCCUAUGAUACUAUAGGUUAUGCUUGUUGUACACCUGCUGUAUUCUAUCAUUCAUAUGAUGUAUUUAAUAUUUGAUCUUAAAAGUUAUCCUUUUUCUGGUUGUGUUA